AUGCUAUGUCUAUUCAUGCUGUCGCCUCUUCUCUCUCGCUAUUCGCCAACAGCAAUUGCUCAAACAAUCGCGCCAAUUUCAGCCGCCCAGACAGUCGGGCCGACUACUGCCGGCCAGACAUUCGCGCCGACCACAGCCGCCCAAACUGGAGCAGCUUCCUUUUCGGCUCAAAUAAGCGCUUCGGCGGCGCGUCGCGAGAUCGAGGCGCGCGACCUUAAGGAGAACGCGCGCGCGAGGAGCAUCAGGAAUUUCCGACAGUACUUGCUCGCGCUGCUCGCGGGAUUCCCGCCGCCGGUGCCGCCGCUGCAAGCGGAGAGGCCGCGGCUGAUUUUGCUUCCGGACAACUCGAUGGGCGCGAGAUGCCUGGACGGCAGCCCCCCAGGGUUUUAUUUCCGGGCGGGCACGGGGGCGGGUAAAAACAUGUGGCAUAUUUACUUGCCAGGCGGCGCGUGGUGUGUCUCUGCCGGUGAGUGCGUGGAGAGGAGCAAGACGCGGCUGGGCAGCAGCACGUUCUAUCCUGAUGACCCAAACAGUGAGGUCAUCCGCCCUUCUUUCACGGGCAUUCUCAGCAGCAACAGCAGCAUCAACCCGGCCUUUCACAACUGGAACCUCGUCCGUCCCAUCUACUGCGACGGUGGGGGGUUUGCUGGGACGACUGGGAGGGUGGAGACGGAGGGGGGGAAGGUGCUAUUCCUGGAUGGGUGGAAGAUCGUUCGAGCUAUCUUGGAUGAUUUGAAAUCAUAUCGCGGGUUCAAAUCGGCAGCGCAGAUUCUCCUGUCGGGCAGCUCAGCGGGCGGCCAAGCAGUCGUUUCUCUCUGCGAUCGCAUCGCUGCUGCCUUCCCCUGGGCGGCAACCAAAUGCGUCUCCGACUCGGGCUUCUUCAUUGACUCCAAGGACCGCACAGGCGGGUUCACAUGGCGCGUUCUUGCCAAGAGCGUGGUUGACCUGCACCAACCCAAGUGGACUUGCUUGAAUGGUCUUCCUAAGAGUGACCAAUGGAAGUGCUUUUUUCCGCAGUACACUCUUUCGAGUGUUAGCAGCCCUAUAUUCAUUUUCCAGAAUCUCUUCGAUGGAGUGGCAUCUCAAAUCGGCGGGUUGUUACCGUGGAACUACACUCACAACGUCAAGUGUUUGGGUGAAAUACUGAGUAUGGAGGUGGACCAGAUCCGCGGUACAGCUUCCGCGGACGAAACGCAGGGGGGACCCGGGGCGGAAAACCACGGCGCGGGGAAAGACUGCGCACAGUUCCCCGCUACUACCUCAACCGUGAUGCACACGCCAUGGCGAAGGAAUCUCGGCCUUCACCCCGACUUGGGGCGAGGGAACCUCAGCUUCACCUCGAUGGGAUCGCACACGUCGCACACGUCGCGUGACGUUCUUUCCCGCCGUACGGCUACAAUGGCUCGCCUCGUCACUCUCCGCGUUUCCCUCGUGGCCUCCGCCGCGGCGCUUCUGCUCCUCGCAACCGCCGCCCUGCCGGCGGCGCUCGCGGCGGGCAAUUCCGCCGCGUCGAUCUCCGCGGAUUCGACUGACGUGAUGGCGGCUUCCGCGAGCCGUCGGGUUCUGCAAGCCGCGCCCGCAGCGGCACCCGCGCCCGCGUCCGACGCACCACCAUCGUCGGCGGCGCCGUCGUCCGACGCGCCGUCUUCCCCGGAGGCGUCUCCAACUCAGCGGAUGCAUCUCGCGUCCAACAUUAAAGCCAGCGACGUGUCCAAAUCCAUAAACCUCCUCAACUACCUCGCGUACACGGCGUGCCAGUUCCCAACCGGGAAAACCAUGUUCCUCCCGUCCAACAACGCGUGGAGGGACGCGUUCGAGGGGUACAAGAAGAGCCGCAUCAGCGGCGGGCUGUAUGACGCACUCGACGUGGUCGCGAACAGCGAUAAGCUCAAGAAUCCGGAUAAUAAGGACCGGCUUACGGAUUACUCCUCGCUGCUUGACAAGUCAAAGGGAUGCAAGUCGAUUAUUCUCGGCGGGCCGAUCAGCGAGGCCGGGAGGACUGCGCUUUAUAAUCUGCUGACUUUCCACACGGCCGAUUUUACGAUCAAGACAGAGGAUCUGGACCGCAAGUGCGACGCCACUGGCUACACCUUCAAGACCCUGUUCAACGGCCAGAAUGUCAACUUCAAGUGCGACAGCAACAGCAACGGGCUCAUUUCCGGCUCGGACCCCCUCGCAUCCAACCCGGCUGCUGGCACCCCGUCUGCUGUCGCGAAGAUUGACGAUAAGGCGGGCGAUUUCUUUUACGUCGACAAUAUUGUGUUCCCCAGCGACAUGGCCUCGCUGCCUGGUACGCGUUUUUUUUCUUUUGCAACAAGGUUUUGGAUUCGAAUCAGUGAGCAACUGGCUCUCAGCAAGGGUCUUUUGCCUUAA